AGUUCGUUCUGCCCGGUGAGGAGUGGGCCGGGGAGUGGCCAGCGCGCAUCUCUCGGACACCGAUUGUCAGGCCCUGAGGGUGCCCCUCGGAACAAGGCAGAGUUUGCUACGGAACGGCGAGACUGUCACCCGAUGUGCGAGACCACGUCGCCUCUGUGACAGGGAGAUGGUGACCUUCAGGGAUGUGGCAGUAGACUUUUCCCAAGAAGAAUGGGCAUGUCUGAACUCUUCUCAAAGGCAUUUGUACUGUCAUGUGAUGCUGGAGAACUACAGGAUCUUGGUGUCUCUGGGCCUUUGCUUUUCUAAGCCAAGUGUGAUAUUCUUGUUGGAACAAGGAAAAGAGCCAUGGAUGGUGAAGACAGAGCUGACAGACAGUUUGUCCACAGACUGGGGGUCUAUGUAUGUGACAGAAGGAUUAAUCCCAAAGCAGGAACUUUAUGAAGAACAGUCACCCAGAAAUAUACUAGAAGAACUUCGAAGUAUUGGCCUUGAGUGUCCCAGUUUUAUGGGAGAAUGGAGCUAUGAGCAUCAUUUUGAGAGGCAAUCUGAGAAUCUAAAAGCAUAUUUCAAGGAAGAAACCAUUGCCUUUGAAGCUCUGGUUGAUAAUAGAUCCUUGGGAAGUUUUUGUCAGAACACAUUGCUUCAUACACAACAGACAACUCCCAAAGAGGAGGAUGCAUAUAAACAAGGCACACACAAGAAAAGCUCAAAGAAGAGCUUGAAGACUGCUAAGCCCAAGGGUAUCUAUACAAAGAAGAAACUUUUGAAAUGCAACGAUUGUGAGAAAGUCUUUAGCCAGAGUUCCUCCCUUACUCUUCAUCAAAGAAUUCAUACUGGAGAAAAACCCUAUGUGUGUAUAGAAUGCGGGAAAGCCUUCAGUCAGAGAUCGAAUCUUGUUCAGCAUCACAGGAUCCACACUGGAGAGAAACCUUAUGAAUGUACAGAAUGUCGGAAAGCAUUCAGUCAGAAUGCCCAUCUAGUGCAACACUUGCGAAUUCAUACUGGAGAAAAACCUUAUGAAUGUAAGGUGUGCAGGAAGGCCUUCAGCCAGUUUGCCUACCUUGCUCAGCAUCAGAGAGUCCAUACUGGAGAGAAACCCUAUGAGUGUAUCAAGUGUGGAAAAGCAUUUAGCAAUAGGUCAUCCAUUGCUCAACACCAGAGAGUUCACACAGGGGAGAAACCGUAUGAGUGCAGAGUCUGUGGAAAAGCGUUUAGCCUUCGUUCAUACCUUACUGUGCAUCAGAGAAUACACACCUGGGAGAGACCCUAUGAAUGUAAGGAAUGCGGGAAGACCUUCAGCCAAAAUUCACACCUUGCUCAACAUCAGAGAAUUCACACGGGAGAAAAACCUUACAAGUGCCAGGAAUGUUGGAAGGCCUUUAGCCAGAUUGCCUACCUUGCUCAGCAUCAAAGAGUUCACACUGGGGAGAAACCUUAUGAAUGUAUGAAGUGUGGGAAGGCUUUUAGCAAUGAUUCCUCCCUUAUUCAACACCAGAGAGUCCACACUGGAGAGAAACCUUACGAAUGUAAUGUUUGUGGGAAGGCCUUCAGUUACUGUGGAUCCCUUGCCCAACAUCAGAGAAUUCAUACAGGAGAGAGACCCUAUGAAUGUAAAAAGUGUGAGAAAACCUUUAGGCAACAUGCGCAUCUCGCUCAUCACCUGAGAAUUCACACCGGGGAGUCACUCUUGUCACCCAGGCCAGGCAAUGCCCAAGUCCUGUGAAUCCCAUCUCCUAAAUAUUUCUGGAUUUGUGUUUUCUGUCCUUAAUGCAGAUUACUACUAUCCUGUUCUAAUGGACUUUCCAGUAUCUGUUAUUACUAGUUUCACAUCCUUUUCCCGUAAUGUGCUCACAAUGAUUUUAUUUUGAGGUGGGAUCUUGUGUAAUGCAUGCUGGCCGUAGACUCACUGUGUAGCUAAGGAUGCCCUCAAGUCGUCAUCUUCCUGUCUCUGCCUCUCAAGUGCAAGUACUGAUAUUACAGCUCUGUGCUACCACACCCAGCAGAUUUUUUGUUGUUGUUGUUGUUGUUUUUUUAAGGAUUAAUGCAUCACCAUCUCCACCUAAAAUUGACUUUUGCUUGUUAUUGUUUUUAGACAACACCCUUUAAAAUUGUAUAUAAGACUCUUCAUUGUCUGGUCCAAACAUACUAUUCAGCUUUGUUUUAUACCCAUCUCCUUUAGGCACUAGACAUUGCUUAAGACUGUGAGCUUAGAUUCUGGGAAAUCAUAGUUCUACUACUACUAUGGCAUUGUGUGACUUUGAACAUUUUAGUUGACUUAACAAAACUGUAAGGUUUUAAUCUGAAAAUAGGGAUAUUAAAGGCUACUGUACUGUGGAAAUGUAUUAAAUAAGGGUAUCUAUUGAAAAUUAAUGCAUACUGAGAUAAGACACUUGAAAGCAGAGUACUUAACAUAGGACAUCAGCUAUAGCAGAUACUCUGUAAACAGGAAUGCCUAACAUGUAUUAGGUGCACACCAGGCAUUGUUCAAAAUAGUUAGCAUAUUGACUUAUUUGCUUCUCACAGCUGGAACAAAAUUCACUGAACCUGUUUGGGAAGCACCUGAUCAAAAUUGAGAAAACCUAAGCAUUUUAAACAUAAAUGGGAGUUACCAUCCUCUUUGUGAGUAAUCAAUAUAGACCAAGGCAAUAAAAUAAUAAUUGAUUAUUGGGGUUUUACCAAGUUUCUAAGGAGAAUGGAGUGGGUUAAACCAAUAAGAUAGGAUUCACUGGGAAUAAUUCAGCACUUACAUUUAUAUAAGGGAAAUAGAAUCCAUAAUUAACUCUAAAAUCAUAAAGCAGAAAUGGGUAGUUCCCAUCAAAAGAUACUAAACCUAAAUAAUUGUCAUGAACCACCCCACCUGGGUAUGGGGGUCCCUGGGACAUUCUCGAAGACUAGGUGGGUAAGGAUUCGGUGGUGACAGACAGAAACAAACAUAGAGGCAGUUUGAAUCUGAGAGUAUUUUGCAGCUUUCAAGCAAGGCUUUUUAUCCAGGAUAAAGAAUAGCUUUUCAGAGAUUGUGUUCACCGAAACAAAUCCAGAUAGAACAAAUGACAUCAUCGUUGUUAGGCACAGUAACAUACAACUUAUUCAAGGCUAACAAUAAAUCAGAAAUUUAUUCAAGGCUAACCACAGCUAAGCGCCUAUUUUCUAACAUCAGGUUAAUAAA